AUUAAUGCUGGUGGAACUCAAAAAAGCAACAACCUCCGUGCAAUCAUAUCAUAUGCAUGGCUUGAAGGGGUUACCUUUUCACCCUCCCGAUCGAUCGCUAGAGUCACUGUACUCGUCUCGAUCUUUCCGUCACAGUCACAUCCUGUCCGUACACGUGGACCCACAUCCUCCUUAGCUGAGUGGCGGAUACGUCUAAUACCUUUGGCCGUUUCGGCUCUCACCUCGUUUAAUAACUUGUUCGACCAGUGAUAGUACUCUCCGCUUCUCUUCCAUUGCGGGAUCAGAGAGAGAAGAGACGAUUCUCAGAGGCGCAGAGAAGAGAGCUAAGCUCGUUCGUUUCUUCGCCGUCUUCUUCGUCUGACGCUGGAUUAUAAGGGCAUGAUCAUUGGACUGUUGGUUAGCAUUUGAUACAGUCUGGAGCAAUGUCGACUUUUAAUCUGAAUGUGGAUGUACAUCAGAACGGGGAUGUCAAGAAUGUUGAUUCUUCAUCUACAGUGGACGAUAUUGAUGACAUUGACUUCUCAAAGUUGCUAGAGAAGCCAAGGCCCUUGAACAUAGAAAGACUGAGAUCACUUGACGAAAGGUCUCUUACUGAAUUAUCUGGUUCACCACAACUCAGAAAUGCGGAUAAUGCUUCUCGGGCCCAUGAUCACGCGGAAUAUGUGAUUUCACCGAGCGUGGGGAGGAGGUCUGGAUUCAAUACUCCUAGGUCAAUGCAUGGAUUCGAGUCUCAUCCAAUGGUGGGCGAAGCCUGGGAUGCUUUGAGGCGCUCUAUGGUAUACUUCCGUGGACAACCUGUUGGGACAAUUGCUGCGGUGGAUAGUUCUGAAGAAAAACUCAACUAUGAUCAGGUGUUUGUGAGAGACUUUGUACCAAGUGCUUUAGCCUUCCUGAUGAAUGGGGAGCCAGAGAUAGUCAAAAACUUCCUUUUGAAGACUCUUCGUCUUCAAUCAUGGGAGAAAAAGAUUGAUAGAUUCCAGCUUGGUGAGGGAGUUAUGCCUGCUAGCUUCAAAGUUUUCCAUGAUCCUGUGAGAAACCACGAAACACUGAUAGCUGAUUUUGGUGAGAGCGCGAUUGGAAGAGUAGCGCCAGUUGAUUCUGGAUUCUGGUGGAUCAUACUGCUCAGAGCCUACACAAAAUCUACGGGAGACUCUUCUCUUGCUGACAUGCCUGAAUGCCAGAAGGGUAUUCGGCUGAUACUAAGCCUGUGUCUAUCUGAAGGAUUUGAUACCUUUCCCACUCUCUUAUGCGCUGAUGGUUGCUGUAUGAUUGAUCGUAGGAUGGGAGUUUAUGGAUACCCGAUAGAGAUUCAAGCCCUCUUCUUUAUGGCCUUAAGGUGUGCCUUGCUCCUACUAAAACAUGACGGAGAGGGUAAAGAAAUGGUGGAACAGAUAGUGAAGCGACUUCAUGCAUUGAGCUACCACAUGAGGAGCUACUUUUGGCUAGACUUGAAGCAGCUGAAUGACAUUUACCGAUAUAAGACAGAGGAGUACUCCCACACCGCUGUCAACAAGUUCAACGUAAUCCCUGAUUCUCUUCCCGAAUGGAUUUUCGACUUUAUGCCGUCUCACGGAGGGUUUUUCAUCGGCAAUGUGAGCCCGGCAAGAAUGGAUUUCCGUUGGUUUGCCUUGGGAAAUUGUAUAGCAAUAUUGUCUUCCUUGGCCACUCCAGAGCAGGCAACCGCAAUUAUGGAUCUGAUAGAGUCUCGCUGGGAAGAGUUGGUUGGAGAAAUGCCACUGAAAGUUUGCUAUCCCGCAAUAGAAAACCAUGAAUGGACAAUAGUAACUGGUUGUGACCCCAAAAACACUCGAUGGAGCUACCACAAUGGAGGAUCCUGGCCAGUGCUGCUAUGGCUACUGACGGCUGCUUGUAUCAAAACUGGCCGACCUCAAAUAGCAAGACGAGCGAUUGAAGUAGCAGAAGCGAGGCUUCAUAAGGACCAUUGGCCUGAAUACUAUGAUGGAAAGCUUGGGAGAUACGUGGGGAAACAGGCGCGUAAAUGCCAGACUUGGUCUAUCGCUGGGUACUUAGUAGCCAAGAUGAUGCUGGAAGAUCCGUCACAUGUCGGUAUGGUUUCUCUUGAGGAAGAUAAACAAAUGAAACCCGUUAUGAGAAGAUCCAACUCCUGGACUUGUUGAAGUUUGAUCGACCAUCUUCGUCAAAUGUAACGUAAGAGAUAGAAUGAGCUAAGAAGAAACUUCAUGAUUCCUGGUUUUUAUACUGAUAACAACGACUCUAUAUUCGAUUGUCAAACAUUUUAAGCUGUUUGCUUUGUGAAAUAUUUUCAGACUAUGAGAGAUUUAAGCAUCGUAAAAAGAGUUCAUCUCAUUUAGCAUCAUAUCUUAUUAUAUGCAUCUCUCUCUCUCUCUCUCUGUUUUCUGUUGAGAUGGCUAUAAGAGUAGUAGAAGGAAGGGGUUCUUUCUUGAGCUUCAAGGUAUAAUAAUCAAAACCCCCUCCACAUUACUCUUCACUUUAUGUUUAAACAUCAAGGUUUCGAGCAACGAUGCCUUCAAAUGUAACACCAGGUCCAAAAGCUAGAAUCAAACCCCACUCGUUUUCACCUUCGUUCAAGUUCCUCGCCUUCUUGCUCUCCUCCAACAUAUACUCCAACACAUAAACGAUCGAAUUGCUACUUGCGUUGCCAUAGUCCAUGAGAGCUCUUCUGCUUGGACUCAGCUUCUCAGGCGACAGGUUCAGCCGCUUCUCCAUUCGGUUCAAGAUGGCCGGUCCACCUGGAUGAACCGCCCAGAACAUUUGGUUAUAGUCCUUUUGAGCCAGUCCCGCUUUUCCUAUUAGCUUCUUGCAGAAAUCCUCCACGUUGUCUUCUAUUAUCUGUGGAAGCUCUCUCGACAGCGUGAAGUUUAUCCCAUUUUCCGUUAGCCUCCCAUCUAUCGUCUUCUCCGUGUCAGGCAAGAAAUUCUGGAUUGCAGUGUGAAGCUCAAAGAGAGGCUUCUCACUGAUCGGGUCUGGAUCGGAUCCGAUGAUCAUAGCGCCGGCUCCAUCACCAAACAGUGCCACACCAACAAGAUCAUACGGUCUAUCUGCACUUGGCGGUUUGAAACCAAUGAUGGUCGUCUCUGACGUGGCAAGCAACACUCUACUUCCCGGAUUGUUCUCGGCUAUAUCUUUGGCUACACGUAGCCCCGCAACGCCACCGGAACAACCGACGAAGUAGAGCAGAACACGGUGUGUCUCGGGGCUGAGACCAAGCCCUUUGGCCAAGAACAAGUCACCACCCGGAAGACGAGCUUCGCUCGAGGAGACAUAGACAACGUGAGUUAUGUCGGAAAUAGAACGGCCCCAGUUCUUGAUGCAGGCUCUGGAAGCUUCCACUGCCAUUUCGGUUACAGCGUCGUUGCAGAUGUCGAGUCGCUGCUUCACCGUAGAUCCUCCUUCAAUGGCUAGUUCUGGAUAUUUCCUGAGUAUCUCCUCCGACAUCACAACAUACCUCGUCUUCACCGUCGUUGUCUUGCCUAGACGUGUAAGCUUCUGUUUGAGUUCAGGGUCAUCACAAUUGGUGGUUUUGAAGUAGCCAUCGACUAAGUACUCUUGCAUCACAAGCUGGUGAGGAAAGGCUUUACCAAGAGCAAGAAUUGUCGCUUUCCCUGGAUUUGGUUUCUUUUCUGCACCCAACCCUGCAGCAUCGAUGCUUCCCAUUUCUGCCUCUUUUCUCUUGUCAAAGACUCAAUGUUGGGUCUGUUGAACAAAGGUCAUCGUGAAGGCGAAUAUAUAGACUGCAGCUUUGCAGUUUAGCAGCUGCAUCUUGUGCGGUGUUUCUGUCUAGUUAGUAUUUGGUGAAGAUUAGGUGUGAGAUUCAGAAGCUUCAUGAUUAUUGC